AUGAUUUCCCAUGAUGAUACUAUUAAACAAUAAUCUCAACCAACAGAAACCUUUCGUAGAUUAAUGCUGCCUCAUAAGAGCGAGAUAGCUUUGGGCUUUUAGAGUUUGACAAAACAUACCAAUACUACCAAAAAUUUCUAAAGAAAACUAUAUACAACCAAUAAACCUGAGGUAGAUAGGAAUCAAGAGAAUGCCAAUGCUUCAUCCAGUUUUGAAAAAAACAUAGCUGAUGAACUUCUCAAACACGAAGUAUGCGAUUGGUAAUUCUUCAUGCAGAAGGAUUAAGAGAUAAUCCAACAAAUGAAUACUUCGGAUGAAUUCCCCUAAGAACCAACAUACAAAGCAAAAACCUAAGAAUCAACAAAUAGAAGUUCCUAAUUGCAAAAAGGAAAUGAAAGAUACCUCUAUUUUCAAAGAAUGAAACAAGGAAACAAACUUCUACCAAAUUUGAGCACCCAAGACUUUCUGAGUUCUGUAAGACACACAACUAAACUCAAUGAGUUUGCUAAGGUUUACAAACAAUAGCCUCAGAAUCUCUAUUUGAGUUUAAAUCUAUCAUAGCCUCAGAGAGUCCCCAAGACCUUCGGUUUGAUCCAAAAUACGCAACAAUUAGUUUCUGUGAACACCAAUCGAUGCCUAAGAUCUCGCGAGGAUUGUAGAGCAUUUUCUCACGCAAUGCAAACUCAACAAAGUAAGAGUAUAACCAGUUUACAAAUGAAUCAUAAUAUAUUUGAUCCCAUGCAACUCAGAGAUAUGCUUUUAAGUUUCCCAACAACGUUGAAAGAUAUAGAAUUGAUUGACUGUAAAUUACACUAUUAACAUAUGGAUGUAUUAAUGAGUUAUAUUAAUAAAAAUUAAAUUAGCAAAAUUAAUUUGGAAAAGAAUAACAUAAGGGAUUAAGGAUGUAAAAUAAUUGUGAAAUAUUUGAUGAAUAACUAUACUCUCCAACAUCUCAAUUUGAAUAAUAAUCAAAUUACAGAAUCUUCCUGUUUGGGUCUUUCCAAUUUAUUGAAAUAAACCUAAAGACUCCUAGAAUUAUAUCUUGGAUACAAUCAUUUAAAUUCAAGUGCUGGUAACACCAUUUGGAAAGCCAUGUAUAAGAAUACGAGCAUCAAAAUAUUAGAUUUAUCUCAUAACAAUAUUGCCUCACUUGAUUGUGCAACCUCAAUAGCUAAAGCAAUAGCCAGACCUUACAAUGAAUUGCUUCAUGUGGAUCUUUCAUACAAUAAGUUUACCUACUUGUAAGCCCAACUUAUAACUGAUGCAUUAAUUAAAAAUGAAACUAUUUAUGGGUUUCACUUUGAAGGAAAUCAGACUGAAUUGGUAGUCAAUUAGAACGGCUUCUUGAUGAAUAAUAUAUAAUAGAAAAAGGUGUAAAAUGACAAAUUGACCUUGCUUUAUAAGUAACCACAGUUUUUCAAAUUAUUGGAUCAACCUAAAAAGGAUGUUUUCAUAGCUGCCAAACAAUAUGAAGAAUUUGUUAUGCCCUAUAGUAGAUAAAGAAAAAUCAGAUCAACAAAACUAAAUGUCUAAAAAGUUAAUUAAAUGGGUAAGUUGGACACUUGUUGGAUUUGCGAAGGUUGGUAAGAAAUUAAAUUUGAAUGGACUGCAUAUAAAUCAGGAAGUCUCUACAAUGAACCCAUAUUCAUUCAUUUAGAUUUUGAAGAUUACAGACCUCUUUUGAUGACUCAUUUGAAUAAUGAAUUCUUUUUGGUUAAAAUGUGUCCACCCAAUUAAAAUAUUCACUACUUUUUCACUAACCCAAUUUUAGGAGUUUAAUAGCCAGCACUUGAUCAACCUAUUAUUUAAUUAGAAACUCCCUUGCCUUCCAUUCCAUUUCUAUAUAAUGAUGAAAUUUUAGUGGAUGGAAGUACAAUUGAAUGUCUGAAUGUGCUGAAAACCUUUAAUAAAUAGUAGUUAUUUGAUAAGUAUAUGCCAUUGGUAUAAUGCAAACCAAGAGAACCCUUGGCUAAAUUUGAUUUCUCCCCCUAUCUAAAUAUCAAGAAGCAUUGUUGGUCAGUGGAGAAUUCAAUAUUUCGAAAUUUCUAACCAGAUACUCCUCAAUUAAUUGAUUAAUGUUAUGAGUUUGACUUUUAAAAUUCGAAAGUUACGAGACUGGUUAAGGAGAAUGAGGUAGCAGAAGUGAAGGAAUCCCUAAGAGAGUUGUAUAGAAAUUUGUUUCAUGUUUAUAAAUAUCAUGCAUCUGGAUCUUUGAAUACUCCAAUACCUUGCAUUAUGAUACAAGAUUUCAUUGAUUUUUUGGUCUAGACUUCAUUAAUGGAUGGCAUGAAAACCAACGACAUUGAUAUCAGUUUUACUUCUACAAGUGCAGCAAAGGAUGUGGCCUUUCCUUAAGCAUUUGAAAAAGGUAUUGUCAGAUGUUAAUUGUUGGAAAUCAUGAUCAGAUUAUGCAAUGAUAAAUAUAUUAGAUCUGGAGUUUACACUACGAUGGUGGAUUCCAUUAAUGCUGUCAAACAAUAAUCUUAGGAAUAUUUUGCUAGAUUCGAUUAAUCAUAGCAAUGGAGAAAAACAAGACUUUGGAAUCAAAAAUGUGACAUCUUAUUAAAUGAUAGACUUGCCAUGCUCAAAUCCUUAUACAAAUAUUGUUGCAAAUUAAGUAAGAAACAACAAACUAAAUUUGAUUAUGUAUCAUUUUCAGAUUUUAAAGACUUCAUAUCUGAAUGCAAAUUGAUAUGUGAUGAUUUGAGUGAAAGGGAAUCCUAUACGGUAUAUCUCCAAUCCAUGGUUACAUAGAAGGAUGAACUAUUUUCUUCAAAACAUUAUUAAAUGAAUUUUCAAGAAUUUAUUGAAGCUUGUAGUCGACUAGCAGAAAAGCUAUCCAUAAUUAGAGGAGAUAAACCAAUGGAUCUAGAUGAUAGAAGAGUUAAGGAUUUACACACAAAAUUGGAUGGAUUUUUGUUGUAUGUCUAUUUAAAUAUUGGAAAUCAAAUGAAAACUGUUCUGUCUCCAAAUGAUCCCGAUAUCAAAGGAUUGGACAAAUGCAUGAUCAAUGAUUUCAAGUCACUGAAGUAGAAAUUGGAGGACUCAUUCACUGAUGGAGAUGAACCACCUUAUGAUCCAAAGGUUGAACUGCCUCACCUUUCAAGUUAGAUUACAAAUUUACUGGGAAAUACAAUUGGAGGCAAAAAGUAAACUCUUAGACAAUAGAUAAAACAAUUGAAAAAAGAGGAGCAAAAGUUCGCACUUAUUAAUUUUGUGUAAUACUUUAAGAGCUUACAACAAAUAAAUAAGGACUAAGAUGACUGA